UUAUAAUGCUUAUAUAUUAAAUAGCUGUUAUAGUUCUAAUAAAUGCAGUAAAUAAAAUUAUAUUUGAGAAAAUUGUUUACUGCUACUGUUUCUAAUUCCAAUCCCAGGCUAGCGAGGAUGAUGUUGUGAUGCAUCCACUAUUAUCGACUACAGUACCAAGCGACGAUCUCUGACGUCUCUUCAAGAGCCUCAUCAACGACAGUACUGUACAUACGAAGCUUCAUCCUUCAAACGCUUUUGAAGAUGGCUCCUCCAGCAGCUCCAGCUGCUGCCACAGCCGGUAGUACGAGCCGCGUGAGCCCAUUCAUCCAGUCUGCGGUUCAGGGAAUCGCGAUCUUUGUCGCCAUUCAAUUCGUCCUGGGGAAGUUAUCGGGACAAAAGCCUGCGACGACCAAAGAUGCUGCAGGAAACGUGAUACCGGGCAACACCGGCGUCAUUCCUCCGUAUACUGCGCGACCAGACAAGCUUGCGGAAGGGGCUUCAUACAAUCCGAUUCCGCAGCAGAUCGCGCCGAUAUGGGAAGAUAAUGUCGCGGUGGACCUCGUUAUUGUGGUAUCCCCGACAUUUGUGCAUGAGCCACUCUCCAGAGUACCGAAGGAGCGGGUGAUUGCAGAUGAGACCGCGUUCAAAAUUGGCGACUCCAGUGAUAAGAGGGUUAUUGACGCUGAGUUUGAUGUACCGAAGGAGGUUCAAAACAAUGGAACACUCUGGGGCCAUUAUUACAUUGGAAAGACCGGAAGCACGCUCGACCCCUCAGUCGCCGGCUAUGAUCCAGGAAACGCCUACCACUUCAUCCGUCCUCUCACACAAUAUAUCGCCAAGAAGAAGACCAAGAAGACCAAGAACCUUUUGACUGCGGCGGAUGAAACGGAAGAGAUUGAUGAGGAAGACACUAUCCAAGGUCCAAUCAUCAAAUCUUUCUAUCAUCCAAACUUUACCAUGUCGUUCGUCCCAAGCACAGGGGUUAUGUCGUACCCAAACAUGCAUCCUGCAGCUCGCCAGUUCACACACAUCGAGUCAACUGGAGCCCGCGACGCGACUGGACAGAACGGCUGGUAUUACCCUGUCUUCUUCGUCAACACAUUCUGGCAACUCCGUGCCCACAUGGAAGAGCUAAACUCGACCGUCACUCGUCUGCCAAUCCACAUUGACCUGAACAACCAGGCAAACUGGCUUUAUAGCAUCAUUGCAAGCGUCGAUGAAGGCCAGAAGGCGACUGCUAGGGCUGCUGCCAUGGGAGGGCCAUUGCCCCCUGGAGGAGGUGAUGGCUCCGAGUUCGAGAUGAUUAAGGAGGUUCUACUUGAUACCAACAUUUACCUGCUCGCCACGACUGUGAUAGUCAGCAUCUUCCACAUGCUAUUUGAAAUGCUCGCUUUCAAGAGCGAUAUUUCGCAUUUCCGCAACAAGAAGGAUAACGUCGGUAUUUCCGUCCGCGCCAUCCUCGGAAACGUGUUUAUGCAAGCUGUUAUCUUCUUGUACCUCCUCGAUAACAACGAGAACACCAGUUGGAUGAUUCUAGCUAGUCAAGGCAUGGGGAUCCUGCUUGAAUUCUGGAAGGUAACCAAGAUGGUCAACGUGCGCAUUCGCCCGAACCCAAAUUCCAUCAUCCCUUACCGCAUUGCUUUCGAAGACAAGCACAAGCUGUCCGAGACGGAAGAGAAGACAAAGGAAUACGAUGCCGUGGCAUUCAAGUAUCUCUAUGCCAUCGCGGUCCCGCUUCUCAUCGCCUAUGCUGCCUACUCUCUCAUCUACGAGACGCACAAGUCGUGGUACUCCUUCAUCAUCGCGACUCUCGUCGGUUCCGUCUACGCCUACGGCUUCCUGAUGAUGGUGCCCUCGCUGUACAUCAACUACCGCCUCAAGUCCGUCGCGCAUAUGCCAGCAAGGGCUAUGACGUACAAGUUCCUCAACACGUUCAUCGACGACCUUUUCGCGUUCACGAUUAAGAUGCCGAUGCUGCACCGCUUGGCGACGCUGCGUGACGAUGUUAUCUUCUUCGUGUACUUGUACCAGAGCUAUAAGUACAAGAUUGAUUACAAGCGCGUGAACGAGUUUGGACAAGGUGGUGAUGAUGAGGAGGUCGAGGAGAAGAUUGCCAACAAGCCGCUGACUACUCCUGCCGGCGGGGAUGCGAGUGUCAAGGUGGGAAAUGCCGGUGAGGUGAAGGCAUCGGGGAGCUCGAAGAAGGGAGGAGCAGCGAAGAGGAAGUAGUGAAAUUCUUCUAGUGAGUGGGAUCGAGUGGCAGGGUGUAAAAUUCCUAGAUGCAUACAUAAUGUCUAUAUACAGGAAGCGGCAGUAUUUUAUUGGAAGGUAUGUUUCAUAUGGUAUAUUAUUAAUGCUGUUAUAGCUACGCGAUGAGGGAAAUGCUAGCUCAGGUAGACAGAAAAUACAUAAAUCAAUACUCGGCCAAACCUGCAACUUUCUUGAGGCUUUUCCGGCGAAGAUCAUACCACGGUGCACCUCACAAGUAUAACCUUUUUAACCCCUGAUAUUUUAAGACAAGAAACGAAGAAUACAACAACCAGGCACAACCAUCCCAUAUCCUCCACACCAACACCCCAAAGUCCACCACACCACCCGAACUAGCGAAUAGAAACAUCAACAUGCCAGCGCGCACGUCCAGCGCAAGAGAAGACGCUUAUAAGUUCUUUGUGGGCUUGGUGACGCCAUCAAUGACCUCGUAUACCACACCCUUUGCAGCGGACGCGACAUCGAGGCGCUUCUCUGCUCCGGCCAUGGGUGGGACCUGAGUCCCAUCCGGGAAUUUGAAGUCCGCGGGCACCUUCCCAUCCUUGAGAGCUCCACCGCCGAGGACUUGGGCGAGCUGCAUCAGGGGGCCGGCUAAUGGCACGGAGUUUAUGGCGUCUGUAGUCUCGUCGCGCUUGCUUGAACCUGGGGGUUUCAACCCGCCGCCGAGGCCACCGGUAAGCAUUCCCAGUAGGCCACCUAGAACAUCGGCUCGGCGCUGGAGAGCUUGAGAUGGGGUUUCAAGACCGCUUGGCUUGAAGUCCUUGCUGUUCUCAAUGGCGUUGGUGACCUGGUCCAGUACAGCGGCUACUGUCCCUGUGCCGUCAAUGCCGCCGCGCUUCUCGGAUGGGGUCUUUGUGUUAUCUUGGGUCUUAUAGUUCUCUGCGUAGUCCUUGCUGUUUUUCAGGGCAUCGUUGAAAGGGCUGAGUAACUCCCCGACUGUCUUCGUGACGUCAAUGCCGUCGUUGCGCUUGCCAACUGGCUUCUUGAGGCCACCUGGGGUAAAGUCUUUGCUAUAGUCCUUCUUGAGGGCUUCGUUGACAGGGUCGAAAAUUUCACCUAAUGCCUUCGUGACAUCAAUGCUGUCGCGCUUGCCAAGUAGUUGUUUGGGGUUUACUUCGUUGCCCUGGCCGAGGACAACGUCCACGGCACUCUUCAGUGUUCCCGCGACAUCAGGGGCCUGGCGCUUGCCGCCUGGGAGCUUUGUGAGGCCGCCGGUGAGGCUCUCGACUGUGCUGGUCAACGUGUUGGUGAUAUCGGCGGGCGCCUCGCGCUUGCCACCAGUUGGGAGUUUUGUGAUGUCACCACCCGUGAUCUGGUUCAGUGCGUCGGUCAACGUCUUCGCGACAUCAGGAACCUGGCGCUUGCCGCCUGGGAGCUUUGUGAGGCCGCCGGUGAGACCUCCCAAUGUGGUGGUCAAUGUCUCUGCGAUAUCGGCACGCUUUCCACCUGGGAGCUUUGUGAGGCCGCCGGUGAG